GUGCAUUGCUUCGGCAGUGAGUUCCUCAUUAAACUUCCGUUGCCAUCGUUACCAGAAAAAGAGCUCUCUCGCACUUACGCUCUCAAUAGUAAACACUCUCCCAGCUAUGAGACGAUGCGAACGCGCGCUCCAACGCAAACAAAAGCGUACAAACGGUGCUGCUGCCAAUCGUUAACAGACGCAGCGACGCACAGGUUUCACCCACUUGUUGAACAGGAGAGUUUCGGCCGACCAAUUUGGCCUUUUCAUCCGGAUACACGGUACACGUUACGGUGGCAGCAAAAGUCGUUAACCAUAACCUACCGACACGCCGUUGUGUGAGGGUGUGCUUUUAAGUGUGCAAGUGAGUCGCAGUUUGAAGUGAUUUGUUGGAGAGCAGCGAGUACGUUUUUCUGUUUAAAUUACAACAGGCAAAAAAGUACAACAACCAUCUGCUACAAUAUGUUAUCGAUGGAUAAGCGCCACAGUCGCGUAGUUGUCGCGAUGGUCGUGUACAUUUCCCUGUUCCUCGACAACAUGCUGCUCACAGUGAUUGUUCCCAUCCUUCCCGACUAUCUGGUGCAGUUUCACGCCACCGUGCCAGCGAGCGUCAUCUACAAAAACUUCAGCCUCCACUACGUGCCGAAGCUGAUCGGUGCGGUAAGCGACGGGGCGGUCAUCGUGCAGCCCACCAGCCCACCCACCGAUCAAACGAUUGAGCAGGAGAACGGCUCCAUCGGCAUCCUGCUCGGGGUGAAAGCGCUCGUGCAGCUGGUAGCGAACCCGCUGGUCGGCAACGGAACCGCCCGCUUCGGCUACUGCAUUCCGAUCACGUUCGGCACCGUAAAUCUGCUGCUGGCGUCGCUGAUCUUUGGCUUCGGCACGUCCUACACCUCCCUGUUUGUGGCCCGCGCCAUCCACGGGCUCGGGUCGGCCUGCAUUGGCGUGUGCGGGAUGAGCCUGGUCGCGCAGCUCUACACCGCCGAACCGGACCGCCGGUCGAAGGUGAUGGGCACGGUGCUCGGCGCGAUGGCGGUCGGUGUGCUGGUAGGCUAUCCGUUCGGUGGCAUUGCGUACGCAAUGGCCGGCAAGGCAGCACCCUUUCACGUGCUCGCCGUCCUGUGCGGGGCCAAUCUGGUGCUACAGUACUUCCAGCUGGAUCUCAGCCCGUUCCGCCCCAUCCAUCCAUCCGGCCUGGCGCGGGAUUCAUCCUCCACCAACACGACGGCGAGGCGCGCGACAUGGUGGCCACUGCUCAGCAACCCACUGAUCCUGAUGGUGGUGGGUGGCAUCUGGAUCUCGACCUCCGCCAUGGCCAUCCUGGAGCCGUGCCUGCCCAUCUGGAUGAUCAGCCAGCUGCAUCCGAAGAAGUGGCAGCUCGGCACCGUUUUCAUCCCCGACUCGAUCGGGUACUGGGUGGGGACGAACUUUUUCGGCUCGGUCGCCUAUCGGUUCGGACAGAUUCGGGUAGCGAUCGUCGCGCUGGUGCUGGUGGGCAGCUCAUGCAUCCUGCUGCCCUCCGCCAACACGGUGGCGGGUCUGCUGUUGCCCCAUCUGAGUCUCGGACUGGGGAUUGGGGUGGUGGAUGCGGCGCUAGUGCCACUGCUCGCCACGCUGGUUGACGCGCAGCUCGGAGGUACGACCGAGGACAGCGAUGGGCAGCUCAGUUCGGAAGGGGCACCGGGCGGCGAGCACGGCUAUGGGGCGGUGUAUGCGAUCCAACAGAUAGCGGUCAGCGUGGCUUACUCGCUCGCACCGAUUGUGGGCGGUGAGCUAGUGCCCGUUAUCGGGUUUGCCACGGUUUUACGCGCCCUCGGCACACUGAACUUACUGUACGUGGUGCUGCUCGCCUGUUCCUCUAGCCUGCGAAGUGGGGGAACAGGGACGGCACUGCUUCCCGGCAGCUGCGGCAAACAGACCGCUCUACCGCUUGCCAACAGUGAGCCGACGACGUAUAGGCGCUUUUACAACAGUGUCGAGUAAAAGGGGAAGACAGGGUGGGGCGAUCAAUCGUGCGUGAAAUGGAAUUAGUCUUUAUCUCGUGCCAGCCAGACGCUGUCGAUACUUUAAGCCCGUUCAAUAAGGCCACCGUCCACGAUUGAACGAACGAUUGGGACCAUUCGGCGGAGCCCUUAAUCUUUAAAAUAUACACAGUGAGUUGUGAAUGUAUGUGUGUGUGUGUGUGUGCGUGUCAUCUCUUACCAUAUUGAAACCUCGUAAAAAUAUAAAACAAAAAUUAAAAACAAGUAACAGAACAACGCUCGAACGUGAUAAGUGCUUGAGUGCUUUUUUUCGAUAUGUUUAGUUAUCGUGUGAAAGUGAACUGCUGUUCGCGUUUUGAUGAAAUGGGUUGUUGAGUGGACUGUUCAUAUUUUAAGAUAAAGCAACUUCAUCCAUCAGUUAUCACGCUUGCACCACACACAGUGGUCGGCAAGAUAUAGUGUCUACUACUUACAAUUUUACAUUUUUUCCAAUUUUUUGUGAAAUUUGAAGUUAUUGUACUGCUUUAGUUUUUUAACCAUUGGUCGUUUUAUGCUUGUAAAUGGGCAGUACCAAACCAUGAUGAAAAUGAGAAGUUUGCUUUAAGAAAACAUAUUUUUUCGAAAAAUUAUCAAAAUCACUUUGACAAAAUAAAGUUAAAAAUUUUAUGAUUCUAAAGAAUUUUUUUUAACAAUCUAUAACAACAAUCCAAUCGUUUGUUUGCAUUCUUCUGGCAUUCCAGUCUUGUUUCAGCUUCUUUGACGUGCGUUUUUACCAAAUUUCAAAAAGUUUAUCUAGUUCUGAAUUUAGUUUUUGCAUCUGGUUCUUCUCAAGCGUUAUCCAGAGCUUUGAAUUAAAAUUUGAUUUGUUUGUUACCACUAAGAUUUAGACUUUGUGGAGGACAUUCAAGGUGUUUUAUUCCAUAUGAGUUGGAACAAUGAGCAAAAUGUAAAAUGAACAUAUCCGUGGUAGACUGAUGCUCAUUGCUGAUACUCAAUAAAAGUGUGUCAUGACAUGCCGAACGCGAAGUACGAAUUCUUGAGUCUAACGCGAUAACCUGAGUGACAAGUUUAGCUUAAUCCCUGCCAAGCAUAAACGUGAUUUUUUCUGGCUGUGAACAGUGCUGCCAAAUGCCACUGUUUCAGUCGCCAACACUCAUAACUGAAACGAAGCUCAAAUCAGCUCACGUACACAACUGAGAUGACGACAGUGAUGAGGCUCAAACAGUGGAAGAAUCAAUCACAUGCUUGGUGACAUUUUGAUUAGCACCCAACUCUUGAUUCACUCACUUUUGUCACGACAAUUUUGUCGGCGAUAAUCACGACAUUCUUGAAAUAUACUUGGCGUGUAGGCUCUAACAACAAAAUGAGCAUGCUUUCUCCGUCUAUCUGUUUUGAUUAUCUGUCAGGUCAAACAGAGCGAGAAAACAUGCUCAUUUUGUUUCUUGGAACCACUCGCAAGCACAGUAUAUCUCCCAUGACCAUUGCGAUGAUCACGGACUGAAAAUGUCGCCACCAAGUGACUGACCAAGAGUUGGUUGCACACAAUGUCACCAAGUAUGUAAUGGUCGCAACAACUAGUUGAGUCUCACCUCUGAUCGUCGCAAUAGAGCUCGUGACGCUGACACGAUUUUGUUUCAGCAGGAAUUUGUCAUGACUAUGUCGGUGAUAUUUUGCAAAACUGAUCUCAGUAAAAAAGUCAUGACAUAGUGACUGACCAAGCGAUGGUCACAAAAAUGUCGCAAAUGUUUUAUUCAAUCGAAUCGAAUAAUACUUCUUGAAUGGCCCCCACAUAGUCUUUAUUCUGAUCCUAUGAAGAUUUAGUGUGAGAUUUUCGAUGCAAGUGGUAAAAAUAACAUGAUAAGGAAAAAUGUUAAGGCUCUUGGGAAGAACCAAUGUCUUUAUUUUGUCACACGGAAUUUUCAUGAAAAAAAUGUAAAACAUGUAAAAUUCGUAGUAGGCACUUAAUUUCGCACACCACUAUAGGCCAACGAGUAGACGAAAUUGCAAAACUUAAAAAAACUAAAAGGAAAUUUAUUCUGGCUGUUGAAAGUUUUUCAUUUAAUUAAAGCAACUGAACCAUUAAUAUUAAAUAAAUAUGGUUUGUAUGUAAUUAUAGUUAUUUAAUUUUAAUAAUAAAACUCAGAGUUUUGUUACAUUAUUGUUGAGAAGAUAUAGCAAAAAAGCAUCCCAAAACCAUUAAACGCAUAAUAAUCUACCAUUUCGGAAAAAAAACACUUGAUAACAUAUACCUGUUAGUGAAGGGAGCAUAAUUUAAUUUUAUUUAAACGCGAUUUACCAUUACUAGCAUUAGCACAGACGAUGAAAACGAACGCAAAUACAGCGGCUCUAACAAUGUAACCAUUGUGCGAUACAUACAAACGAAAACAAAUAAACUUUAAAGGCAUAUAAUAACAUCAAAUCAA